AUGCCUGCCCAUCCACCCUCCUCUUCCCUUCCCCCCUCCGAUUUGAACCCCAAAAAGCGUCAGCGCGUCGAGGAUAACGCCACCCCGAACGCGACCACAGAGCGAGAUCAACCCGACCAGAAUGACACUGCGGGUAUGGGUCUUGCACAUCAGGCGCCUUCUGUCUUUCCCGCUGCUAUGAGAAUUAUACGAGCUCUGCGGCUCGCGUACAGACUCAGGGCUAUCGGUGAUUGCCCUACAGUGCAUUCUGCACGGACGGCCAUGAUGCGGGGCUAUGACUACUAUGACCACGACGCCGAUAGCGACAGUGAUAGCGAAGACUCUGAUGCUGCCGAGGGGAAGAGAACCGACGACGAGAUAGCCCACGUCGAACACAACGAGAAACGCUUCGAGCAGCUCGCAGUGCUCGUGAAGGCGGACAGGCGAGACAGUGCAUCGGGAUUCUUGGAGGAGCCCUUCAGCCUGCGUAUCACCCGACCGGGCUGCGAGUUCGACGGUUCCAUCUCACCCGACCGCACCACCUCUUUCCAGUGGCCUCAUACGGACGAGGACAAGACGUUGUGCGAGGAGCUGCGUGAACGGCUCCGGCGGUGGCACGGCAGUGCCCUAACGUCGGGCUAUGGGGACGUGCGUGAGCAGGUCACCAAGGUCGACGAGAGCGUCCGCACCGCACGCGAGAUCGGUGCCUCCGAGUUCGCGGUGGAGGAUGAACUACUCCGACGCAUCGAGAGCAUCUGGACGGAGCAGUUCGUCCCGAGCGCCGACGUGCGCGCUGAGCCGUACAAGAUCCACCUCUAUGGGCCGGGUGGGCACUUCAAGAUGCAUCGCGACACCCCGCAGAAGGACCUGGUGGGCACAUUCCUCAUAGGCCUGGGCGACACAGCCCGGUGGGGUGGCCUCGUGGUCGAUGGCACGGCGAUGGAGGCGCGGCCGGGUUCGUGGUGUGCGUUCUACCCGGACGUGCCCCACUCCGUGAAUGAACUGGGGGAGGACGGCUACCGCGCAAGCAUAGCCUUCAAGAUAUUCCGUGCACCACCGGCCUCGGGGCGCGGAAACAACGAGUCGAAGAAGACGGCGGAAGUGCGUCUGCGAAUCGCAGGGAUUGUGUCCGAGAUGGAGGCGCCGCUCGGCCUCCUCCUCGGGCACAAGUACUCGCUGGGCACGAACGACUUCAGCGGCUUCGACGCGCUUGUGGUGGAUGCCAUGCGCUCGCGCUUCUCGGGACCCGGGUUCGAAGUACAUCACAUUCCCGUCGUGGUGGAAGCGUAUGCCAGAUGGGGGGACGAGGACGACCGGAACAAAUUCUCCAUGAUGUGCAACACGACCGUUUACCCCUUCACCAACGGCCACAUCGACUUCCUCAACGACGACGUGUCCAGAGAGGACAUACUCAACGGAUGUGAGUGGUUGGAGGGCGUCAAGAACGUCCCGUUCUUUUCCGUCGACCUCUCGGAUCGGACGAUGUUUCCCUACAAGGAGGAGGAAGAGGAGACGGUCAAUCACACGGGGAAUGAGGCGCAAGCGUGGAGGGCAGAUAGUGUAUAUCUGUCGUACGCGUUGAUGGUGUUGCCCAAGGCCGACAAGAACACGGUGGAGGUGUAUGCUAGUACUUAG